CGGGCGGCAUGAGCUCGCGAACCGGGCCCUAGCGCGUACUGCUGCUCCCGGGCUGGCCGGGCCUCGGGGGGUCAUGAAGCCCGACGCAGCGCGGGAGCCGGAGCUGCUGAGCCCCGGCCGGGGCGCGGAGGCCGAGGGGCGCUGGCGGGAGAGGGGCGAGGCGGACACGGAGCGGCAGCGCACCCGCGAGCGCCAAGAGGCCACGCUGGCGGGGCUGGCGGAGCUGGGGUACCUGCGGCAACGCCAGGAGCUGCUGGUGCGCGGUGCGCUGCGCUGCUCCGGGGCCGUGGGGACGGUCGCGCCGCGCGCCGGGGAGCUGCGGGGGGACGCGGCGCAGCGCAGCCGCCUGGAGGAGAAGUUCCUGGAAGAGAACAUCUUGCUGCUGCGGAGGCAAUUGAAUUGUUUGAGGAGAAGAGAUGCCGGUUUGUUGAAUCAGUUGCAAGAACUCGACAAGCAGAUAAGUGACCUGAGACUGGAUGUGGAAAAGACAUCUGAAGAGCACUUGGAGACAGACAGCCGGCCUAGCUCAGGGUUUUAUGAGCUAAGUGAUGGGGCUUCUGGAUCCCUUUCUAACUCCUCUAACUCCGUGUUCAGCGAGUGUUUGUCCAGUUGCCAUUCCAGCACCUGCUUCUGCAGCCCCUUGGAGGCAGCCUUGACUAUCUCAGACGGUUGCCUCAAAUCCGCAGAUCUCAUAGGAUGGUUGGAAUGUAAAGGCGGCCACUGUGAAGACCAGGCCUCAGGGACAAUUUGCAGUUCCCCCUCCACACCACAAUUUAAUUCCCUUGAUGUCAUUGCAGAUGUGAAUCCUAAAUACCAGUGUGACCUUGUGUCUAAAAACGGGAAUGAUGUGUAUCGCUACCCCAGUCCACUUCAUGCUGUGGCUGUGCAGAGCCCAAUGUUUCUCCUUUGUCUGACGGGCAACCCUCUGAGGGAAGAGGAGGGGCUUGGGAACCAUGCCAGCGACAUUUGCAUUGGAUCUGAACUGAAUGCCACCAAAACAGAGAAUUCCUUGCCAUCUCCAAGCAGUUUGUGGUCGGCUUCCCAUCCUGCAUCCAGUAAGAAAAUGGAUGGGUACAUUCUGAGCCUCGUCCAGAAGAAAACACACCCUGUAAGGACCAAUAAACCUAGAACCAGUGUGAACGCUGACCCUACCAAGGGGCUUCUGAGGAAUGGAAGUGUGUGUGUCAGGGCCCCUAGUGGCGUUCCACAGGGCAGUAGUGUGAACCUUAAGAAUACAAAACAGAUGUGUUUGCCCUCUGGGGGAAUACCCUCCUUGGAAAACGGUCCAUUCUCCCCUCCUAAGCAGAGGUCAAAAGACUCAAAGACAGAGCAGUUAGAAAGCAAGAGGUUGGCUUUGCAGGGCUGCUCGGCUGGCGCCGCCAUGGAACCCCAAAGCAAGCAUCUGCCCACCACCAAGGCAGCCUCUCAAGAGCUCACGAGGUGUCAAGCCGGCCUUGGGGACUCUAUGAAGGAAAGCAGUCAAGGCUCAGCCGUUUCUCCUAAUACAAGCCCCAGCGGAGGCCCUGCCAUCCCCUCGGAGAGCAAAGCCCUGCAGCCCCAGAAAAAGAUGCCGCAGAAGAGCGGCCUACAGGCUUUGCCUGCGGCGGACAGGCCGGCCUUGGACUUCAGAAGUGAGGGCUCUUCUCAAAGCCCCGAGGAAGGGCAUCUGGUGAAAGCUCAGUUCAUCCCAGGGCAGCAGGCGGGCGCCAGGCCUCACCGCGCACACAGAAACUCGGGUGUCGCCAGGAGCGCCACGUUGAAGGCCCGCGGCCAGGCAGCCACAGAACACGGCCUGCCCACCGUCAGGGAGAAACCGCGGGCGGCGGGCAAGAAGGGCCGUCUCCCAGACGACUCGGAUACAAAUAAGAAACUCAGGAAGGCCUCCAAGGGUCGGCGCAGUGGCGGGCCGCCCGACGCCGGCCUUCCCGCCAGGCCCCUGGGCACCGGCGGCCAUCGAGCAGGCAGCAGGGCGCACGCGCACGGACGGGAGCCGGUGGUGGCCAAACCUAAGCACAAGCGAACCGACUACCGGAGGUGGAAGUCGUCGGCUGAGGUCUCCUACGAAGAGGCGCUGCGGCGGGCACGGAGGGCUCGCCGGGAGCACGGGGGCGCCUACCCCGUGGCCGUGGCCCUGCCUUACGCCAGCCCCUAUGCCUAUGUGGCCAGCGACUCCGAGUACUCGGCCGAGUGUGAGUCGCUCUUCCACUCCACGGUGGUGGACACCAGCGAGGACGAGCAGAGCAACUACACCACCAACUGCUUCGGGGACAGCGAGUCCAGCGUGAGCGAGGGCGACUUCGUGGGCGACAGCACCACCACCAGCGACUCUGAGGAGAGCGGGGGUUUAAUCUGGUCCCAGUUUGUCCAGACUCUCCCGAUUCAGAGCGUCACGGCCCCAGACCUUCACACCCGUCCCACAAAAACCUUUGUCAAAAUUAAGGCCUCGCACAACCUCAAGAAGAAGAUCCUCCGCUUCCGGUCUGGCUCUCUGAAACUCAUGACUACCGUUUGAGUAGCUAAUGUAGCCAGUGUCUUCCCCUCCCCUAGUCCCUGAAUAAAAGAAAAAGGUCGUGUCUUAAUAUUUGUGUCAUACUUAAAUGGGAUACUUUCCUUUUACUAGGAUAAACCCAAGAUAAAUUAUGUCUUGCCGUCAUGUAUGGACGCUAGUGCCUUUAAUGGAAGGUGAAGGAUAGUUAGAAGUGAAUAUUGACGUCCUAGUGGUGGUGAUAGUGAAUGAAUUUUGAUUAUCAAACGUUUUGUCUGAGUGUCUGGCAAAGUACAGGUCUGUGAUGUUUGCAAGUUUUAUUUGGAUGAGACCUUUUGUUCCCAAGGUCUGUGGAUAAAAAUUUUAAGCCGUGAACUUGCUCCUUGAUUCUUUAGGGCUGUGUCCCUGGAAGGGCUUUCCAGUUGAGGGGCAUUGCAUACAAUUGUGUAGGUAGAAAAAAAAAAAACGGUCAUUGCUUUCUGUAAAAAUUUUAAUAGCGUCAACAUUUCUCAGAUGUCUCUCCAUUCCAAUUUUCUUCUUAGAAGUACACUUUUUGCUGGAUUUAGAUCUUAGUAUACCAGACUGUAUAAAUCUAGAGGUGGUAAACCAGAUAGGGAGACUGAUAGGACCUUAAAAGGAUUCACAAAAACCUUUGCCACGUGUAGUGCCUCAGCCUUCGUUACAGUAACCCUUUCUUGGGCCAUAGAUCCAGCAGUUUUUGAUGCCUUUCUCUUUCUCUGCUCCAAACUUGUAGCCAAUACAACUGUUUGCCCCUUAGAGGGCUUGCCUCUGGGAUAAAAUGUUGGUCCUAUGGUGCAAAGAAAUUCACCCUUACUGGGCAGGACUCCAAGCCCAGAAUUGCUCUCACCAAGCACUGCCACCUAAGCCCUGGCCUAAAUAGUGGUGCACUUCAGUCCUCACUGGACCACUGACUUAUCUGGAAGGGCUUUACAUUUUUAAAAAAGUUUUUGGUAAACAGUAUUGUGUAAAAUAGAGUUUUUAAAAUACUGAUAUAUGCAUGUUUUGUGCAUGAGUAGUAGUUAUUUGGAUUCCUGUUUUGCUAUUCCUCUUGUUGAAUUACUGUAUGAUAUAAACAGUAUGUGUUUUAUAUAUAUAUAUAUCAUUGUGUAAAUUUAAUAUAACACAUUAUAUGCUGUACUAAAUGAUUUGUUUUAUUGCUGUUAACUUUGUUAUUUGUU